AUGAAUAAAGAAAAUAAUUACUACCUUGGAAUCGGGAGAAGAAAGACGGCUAGUGCUACCGUUUAUUUAAAGCCCCAAGGAACCGGUCAGAUAAAAAUUAGCAAAAGAGGGCAAAAGAAAGAAAAAGAUUUGGAACAAUACUUUACUAAUGCCUUGCUCAAUAAAAAAGAAAUUUUAAAACCUUUGGAACUUUUAAGCAAACAAAAUGAUUAUGAUUUAAAAAUUAGAAUAGAGGGUGGCGGCAUGACCGGGCAAUUAGAAGCCAUUCGUUUAGCAAUAGCCAAAGCACUUUUAGAAGUUUCUCCCGAAUACCGGACGACCUUGAAAGGAUUUGGUUUAUUAAGCCGGGACCCGCGCCGCGUAGAAAGAAAAAAAAUUGGUUUAAAGAAAGCCCGCAAAGCUACUCAAUAUUCCAAACGAUAA